AGUCGCUCCCGUUGUUUUAGGCAACACAUUUGACUAGUAUAUUUGUUGUGAUUGAUAUUGAACCGAGAAGUGUUGAGAAUGAUCGAGAAGAAAGCACCUGCGUUCGCGGAGCUUAGCGAGUUCGCUAGUGUUGGGGCUGGGGGCAAAGUAGCGUUCGCAACGGAUGACUUCUUCGCAACAUGUGAGAACAUGCUCGCGGACAGCGAUCCGCUGUGGCUGGCGGACAAGUACACCGAGUACGGCAAGUGGAUGGACGGCUGGGAGACCAGGCGCAAGCGCGUCGCCGGCCACGACUGGUGCAUACUGAAGCUGGGCACCAAGUGCGUCAUACGUGGUCUUCUUAUCGACACGGCAUACUUCACUGGAAACUAUGCGCCAAAGUUUUCGAUUCAAGCGGCUUGUUUAACCCCCGAAGAAGAAUCAAUGCUACCGGAAAAAAAAACCUGUAUGGGCACCGCAUGCACAGAGCAGGAACAUCAAGCUGUAGAAAAACUAGCUACCUACAACUGGACUGAAAUCGUGCCUGUAACUGCUCUAAGGCCUGGCUACGAAGAUACUAGAUUGAACUAUCAGAAGGUACUAAGUGACGAAGCAUACACGCAUAUCCGCCUGAACAUCUUCCCAGACGGUGGUAUUGCGCGGCUCAGGGUGUUUGGUGAAGCCAGGCCUGAGAGGCCUCUUCCUCACCACAUGGUUGAUUUGCUGUCCUUACUGAACGGCACCACCUGCCAAGGGUACUCAAACGCUCACUAUGGGCACCCGCGCAACAUGAUCAGGCCCUGCAAGAGCGAGUGCAUGUCCGACGGCUGGGAGACUGCCCGGAGACUCGACCGGCCGGAGGUCAUCGAGGCUAACGAGGAUGGCACACUUAAAGUACCUGGAGAAGAAUGGGCCGUCUUCAAAUUGGGUUUCCCGGGCAGGAUCAAAGAGCUAUGUGUGGAUACGGCGCACUUCAAAGGCAACUUCCCCGAUUCCGUUAAGAUAGAUGGCACCUUCUUGAGCCGCGAUUGGACGCCUGAAUCACGGCCUCAGUGGCGUAACAUCUUAAGGCCGAGCAAGCUCUCGGCCCACAACGAGCACUGGUACAACUGCGAGUCAGACCUGGUGACGCAUGUCAGGGUAACCAUGGCGCCAGAUGGUGGCAUCAGCAGGGUUCGCGCCUUUGGCUUCGUCGACAAUACGAUAGACUAAAUAUUUUGACUAGUUCUAUGUGCUUUAUUGAAUGUAGCUUAACCUACCGUCUAUUUUAGAUUUUAGUUGUGAUAAGAUAUUAAAUCAGAUGCUAUUAUGUGCAGUGAGUAGCUAAAGAUAGAGUAGCGUUUUUGCUGUUACUUUAUUGAAACAAAAUGUCUGUAACAUUUUGUUUCAAUUCAAUACUUAAAUGUGUCGUCGCUAAAUAUUUUUCAUUUAGAUUUUUGAUUGUUUUAUAGUGUUUUUAUAUCGCAGCAAAGUAAUUACUGUUCUUCAUUUAAAUAUAAAUAGAUAAAAGUUUGUGAAUAUUGUACUUUAAAUAACUUAAAACAUGUCACUGCUGGCUCUGUUAAUGAGUAGCUUUUAAUAAGUUAUAUAUUGCUAGUAUUAUUUAUUAUUUAUGUUUGUUACUAAGUUUGUUACUUACCUAAGUAAUAAGAAUUGAAUAUGGUGCAAAGUUCCUUGUAUUAUUAUUAAAGUAAUUUAAUGUAGUGUUAAAAUCAAGUAUUAUUACAUUAAAUGUUGAUAUGCCUAAA